GUUAAGGUGGCCUUCCUUCUCCCCCCUCUCCCUCUCCCUCUCUCUCUGCUCUCUAUGGUGCCUUAAUCCCUUUCUCCCGCUUCCAUUCAUCAGUUAGUAGUGAACCCUCAACAUCAGUCUCCAUUGGCGCAACAAGGCCCGUGUCACCUUCCUUUUGCCGUUGUCUCCCUCCAUGGUGAUACCUUUCUAGUUGCCCUUUCAUGUUCGCAUUUAUCCGGCGUGCGGCUGGUUUUGGCUGAAAGAAGUUCCAGUUGCAACUGGCGGUAUCCACUGAAGAACAUUGGCUAUCAUCACCACCAAAUUCUGUUCGAUCUCCCCAGUUGUUCAAGCUUUUGCAGUUUACCUGAGGCCAAUUUAUGAUAUACCAGUCCAUACUUUAUGGAUUUGAAGGAGAGGCUAAACAAAUUCAGGAGUCAACAAGAGAAGUGCCAGUCGACUCUUGUAGGUAUCUCUGCACAGGCAACAGCUUCCAAGCAAAAGCAGCCUCAUAGGGCUGCUCCUACAGCUUCAGUUCCACAAAAAUCCCCUGUUCCAAUUAAAUUUUCUAAUGAUACUGAAAGGCUUCAGUACAUUAAUUCUAUUAGAAAAUCCACAGCUGGUUCACAGGUUAAGCGUGUUAUAGACCUGCUUUUUGAGACAAGGCAGGCAUUCACACCUGAGCAAAUCAACGAGUUCUGUUAUGUUGAUAUCAAUGCAAAUAAGUCUGUCUUUGACAUUUUGAGAAAGAACAUCAAAGUAAAUUACGAUGGAAGGUGCUUUUCUUACAAGUCAAAACAUGACAUAAAGAGCAAACAAGAGCUUCUUGUUCUUAUCCGUAAAGCUCUGAACGGGGUUGCUGUAAUUGAUCUCAAGGAUGCAUAUCCCUCUGUUGUGGAGGAUCUGCAGGAACUUAAAGCAGCUGGUGAGGUUUGGUUGCUUUCUAACUUGGACUCUCAGGAAGACAUUGUCUACCCAAAUGAUCCGAGGGCAAUAAUGAAAGUAGAUGAUGACAUAAAGCAGCUUUUCAGAGGGAUAGAAUUGCCUAGAGACAUGGUUGACAUAGAAAAAGAUCUGCAGAAGAAUGGAAUGAAACCAGCGACCAACACAGCCAAAAGAAAAGAAGUGGCAGAGGUGCAGGGAAUCAAGCCUAAACCGAAACAGAAGAAGAAGCGUGAGUUCUCCAAGAGGACCAAGCUGACCAAUGCACAUCUUCCAGAGCUCUUCCAGUGAUAAUGUUCCUGGUUCGUGAAUCACAGGCACAAAAAUCAAGACAAUUGCAUGACUACAUUUUUUUAGGUUGAUUUGGUGCAGCUCAACAAUUGGUCCAUAUUUGAGGUUUAACAUUUUUUAAACAUAUUAGUUUGAUCCCAUGGUCUAAUAAUCAUAGACGGAUGGGCAUCAUCAAGAUUUCAGCAUUCCUUUGUAGGGUCGGAUCUAUUUGGUGUGUCACUAAUCUUUUUCUUCAUGGUUAUAUUGAUAAUGUAUAGCUGAAUUCAUCUUUCCCAUGUUCGCAUAGUGUCGCCAAUGAUAAAUCACUUGACUGUUGCACCAUAUUAUUGUGUAGUAAGGAUACCAUAAUAUUUUAUGAAAGGCCUUUAUGCUCAUAAAGGUUUGUACUUA